GGGACCUCUCUCUUGUUAUUUUUAACCUUGCGCCUCUUUUAAAAACUACACCCCUAUUUUUCCCUCAACGCACCAUCAGAUUUGAACCCCCGCGCAGUUUCAUUAUGCCACUUCUCUUCAGUAUAAACUGCUUUUAUCGCAAUUUUUCCCUGGAAUACCCUCGUCUUUUUGUCAUCCAUGGUGAAUUGAACCCAGGUCUGACCCAGUUUUAGUGUGUGUGUGUUUUUUCCCCCCUCUCCAGCAUCCCAUGUGUUAGUGCGAGCCUUCCAGUGGAGAUGUUUUCGGCAGGAGAGGAGGAGGUUAAUUCCCAUUUGUUUACCUCACUGAAGGAGUCCCCAGGAGCUGCAAUUUCCCCAACACUGGAGCUCAGUCUGACAACCAUCUACACCGUCCUCUACUCUUUCCUGUUUGUUUUCGUCUACCUGCAGCUCUGGCUCAUUUUGCACUACGGACACAAGCGCUUCAGCUACCAGAGCGUGUUUUUGUUCCUGUGUUUGCUGUGGGCAGCGCUGAGGACGACCCUCUUCUCUUUUUACUUUAAAAAUGUGGUGCAGGCCAACCAGCUGCAGCCUUUGGCCUACUGGCUGCUCUACUGCUGCCCCGUCUGCCUGCAGUUCUUCACCCUGUGUCUGCUCAACCUUUACUUCACACAGGUGAUGUUUAAGGCUAAAGCCAAGUAUUCUCCAGAGCUCACCAAAUACAAGGUUCCUCUGCGUUUGUUCUUCUUCUGUCUCAGUAUAUUUUUCCUGGUGGUGAAUUUAACUUGUGCGUUGGUGGUGCAAGCAGCUCUGGAGCGCUCUGAAUCCCCGAGCGAUGGGGAUAUCAGGCAUGCGGUCCUGGCCCGGGUCCUGAUCAACGACAGCCUGUUUGUCCUGUGUGCCAUCUCUCUGGCCGUGUGCAUCUUCAAGAUCGCAAAGAUGUCCUCGGCCAAUGUUUACCUUGAAUCAAAGGGUACGUCAGUGUGCCAAGCUACAGCUAUAGGAGCUGUGGUGAUUCUCCUCUAUACCUCCAGAGCCUGUUAUAACAUGGUGGUGGUGGCGCUGUCACCACAGGACAGAUCCAGUCCCUUCAACUAUGGCUGGUACAGUGUGUCUGAUCAGGCUGACGUGCAGGAGAUCAGCGGUGAAACUUACAUUGUGUUCGGGAUCAUUUUGUUCUUCUGGGAGCUGCUGCCAACCAGCUUAGUGGUGGUUUUCUUCAGAGUCCAGAAACCCAACCAAAACCUGGCUCCAGGAGGGAUGAUCAACAGCCACAGUUUCAGCUCCAGAGCGUAUUUCUUUGAUAACCCUCGACGGUACGAUAGUGAUGACGACCUGUCUAGAAGCAUUAACAAUAGGGCUGAUCGAGCCAGCCUCCUCUCCCCGACCCCCCAGUUGGGUACGUCGAGCUGGUACGGCUCCAUCCAGCGCAACGGAACCCUGACGGCAGGCGUGGUGCCCGCCCAGCAGCCGCCGUCUUCCACAGCCCCCCUCCUGUUCGCCUACGGGAACGUCCAAAACCACAAUCACCACCACCACAACUACUACUCCACCCCGCAGAACAACCACCACCAUCAUCAUCACAGUAACUACUAUUCCACGCCACAGAAUUAUUACUGCGGGUCACAAACGUACUUCUGCACACCGCAGAACUGAGCGCGUUUCCACCGUGCUGCAGAUUGACUAAUAACUUCCCGCGUUUUUCGUCACCAUCUUGCUUCCCCAGCAACAUCAGAGCAGAUGCUUUUGAGUGAUAUUCGGAAGACCAAGUUGGGCGUAAAAAUUGGGUUCAGCUAAUUAUUCUGGUAGGAAGUGGUGGCAUCAGCUACUGUGCCAUGACUUUUUGAGGACAUCAAGGUUUAAAUGGCCGGUACAGACCAUGAUGGACACUGCAGGACCAGAGUUUUAGAACUUAUGUGGUUGAUAAACCUAUAAGACCAGAUGUUUUGGUCAGAUUGCCAUUUGUGAGGCAGGAAUCAUCAGGGACCAGAUAAUCAUUGUUCUCAUCCGCCUUUCUCCCUUUCCUUGAUAAUUUGCCUUCUAUGUAAAGAACCCUUCUGUUCUGUUAUAUUCAGUCAGCAUUGGUCAAACUGUGAAAAAAAUUGCUCGAAAAUGGCGAGUGUUUUUAUGAACUGGAAAAGAACAGUAGAGGGUGCUGCCUAGCUGGCUUGGUCCACCAUAAAAAGGCUUUUAUGACGAUGAAAACCAAAUGAUAUGCCUCCUUUGAGGGCAUUUUCACGGUGUGUUUUCAUGUUAGGUUCGGUUAUGGAUGACAGGAGUUAGCUGUUGCUAAUUUGCCGUUAGCUUUCGGAGCAGUGGGAGCUAGCUUAGACCCAAUCCUAACAGCAAGCUUCAACUAAUCUUCAACUAAUGUCUCAGAAGUGACUCAGCAAAGCCAAAAUACUUAAUAAUAUUGUUUGUCAGUGGGAAACCAUUCUUUUUGUAACAGUUAUUGUUCAUUUUGGUGCCGCACAGAUGCUGUUAGCAAGUUAGCAAGACUAUUUUUGUAAAGCUAAUACAGUCCUACUUUACUCACAUUGAUUUUUGUACAGUUUGACUUAUUUUUGCAAUGUUCAUAACUGACUUAAAGGUUCAUUUUAUUUCAGUGUUCGCAUAUAUCAGCCAUGUAAACUGCUUAGCCCCCAAAGUAUAUGUGAAAUGUGUAUGUAGCUGCCGUAAAGGUGUAACUGUCAAUCUCAGUAAGCUAACAUAAGUUUAGUAAAAUAAACGUGCAUUCAAAUUAAACUAUUCAUACAACACAAUAUCAACAGUAACAUACUUCAAUGACAAAUCUGCACAGUUACUAGAGCAUGGCACUGCUGUGGGGUAUAAAUAUUUUCAUAAUUGAGUAAGUUUUGGAGGUUUUUCCAAGCAAACAUGGCCAAAAAAUGACUGGUUGUGGCUUCUCAAAUUUGACUAUGUUUUGGUUUUCAAACUGAUUUAUGACAGUCAAGUGAAUAAAUGUGUGUUUUGGACUGUAAUAAGUAAUAAUAUGUAACCAACAUUCAACGUUGGAAGUCAGGAGUAGGCUUGUCUGUUAACUGGGUGAAAGGAAACAUAUUUGACCAAAAACUCUUCAUGUAAUCUGAUCCUUUGUUAGCUGCGAGGCUACAGUUUUGCACUUAGAAGUUCACCUUCAGAGAAAAAGGCUAUUUUUUUUUAGCCUGAAUGUAGGAUCUCCUACCUUGUUUUACAUGUUUUCCUCUGUAAUCCUCUGUAUUAUAUAUGUUACUAUUUAUCCUUUGAGAAAGGAAAUAUCGAUGUGCCAUCACAUGACAUCAUAUCUAAUAGUUUCAUUCCAUAUGGAAAAUAUUUUUGCACAAGAAGUGUGUGUCGACUGAUGUGUGUGUGUGUUUAUAAUUGUCCAAGUUAAUCGAUUUCUAAUCCAAGUGUGACGUUUUGACUCAGUAUGUGUGUGUGUGUGAUCUAGUAUGAUAGAACGCUUUUAUACUUUUUGUUUUUUUCAUUUUACAUUGAUUUCUACUGUCUAACAGAUUUUAUAGUUUAUUUUUUUCACUUUCUUUAUCUUUCAACAUCAUAAACAAUCUUUUUUUUUCUGCAUCUCAUGACAGACUGCAGUCUGUAAGCAAUAUUUCACUUUGAGGGAACAUUUUCAUUGAUGACCACGCUCUCAGACAACGAUUAGUGUAUCUGUUCAAACCCAGAUUGUCUGGACUGAUAGAAAGAAAGAAAAAAGCUGCCUGUGUGUUAGAAAAACUUCAGCUAUCAUUAAGCUCAAUCUGUAAAUGACCAUGUAAACUUCUGACCUCAUACAAGAAAACAAAAAAAAGCAACAUUGCAGCGAAAAGUAACCGGUAACCAUAUACAAGCAGGGACUGGGAAGCCUGGUUCUGUUUCUUUGAAGACAGAUAAAAUCAUGUACCGCUGCUUUUUCCCCUUAUAUCCCAUCAAGAAGUCACACAGGACGCAUUUAAACACAAUGUAGGAAGUGAAGUUCUCAUUGUUGGAUCCAGCUGUUUCACCUAUUUCAGAAAAAUGAACAUCUGCAGUGCAUGCUUCUGCAUCAGAGUGCAACAACUUCAGUGUCAUAUCUUUUUUUUUUUUUCUCCAAGGUGAUAUUUAUGUAAAAGUGUUGAUCUAUCUGCUCUAAGACAAUGAUAAUUGUUUUAUGUUCUGAUUGUUUUAUCCGUGGCCAUACUGAAUGUAACCUAUCGUGCGAAAGAUCACUAAAGAUGUAUGCAAGAAAAGCACUACCGUGUUUAAAUAAAGGCCUACUGCACUGUUUUUA